AUGUCGAAGCGUCGAAAAAUUUUAACUGAGCUUGAAAUAGCGGAAAUGAUGCAAAAUAUUUCAGAUAUUGAUUCUGAAACAGAUUCGGAUAGUGACAGUGAUAGUGACACUAUAAUAUAUUCUGAUCAUAAAGAAUCUAGCGAAUCUUGUGAUGAUGAGGACAUUACUGAUAUCUGUAUGCCGAGUACAUCGAAAGCAAGUACUUCUCCAUGGUCAUCCACAGUAGAAAAUUUAACACAAUUACCAUUCAAAGCAGUGCCUGGACUAAAAGUGGAUGAUUCGGUUGCAGAAGAAAUUGAUUUCUUUAGGCAUUAUUUCGAUGAUACAGUAAUGAAAUUAAUUACGGAACAGACCAAUCUGUAUCAGAGAAGUAUAUAUCCUGAGGAUGCAUCUGGUGCACGUUCUUCGAACUAUUUACCUGUCACAGAGGAAGAAAUGUUUGUUUUCUUUGCUCUUACAAUUUUGAUAGGCAUUAUAAAAAAACCCAAAAUCAAAAUGUACUUCUCAACGAAUCCCAUGCUUGCAACGCCAUUUUUUAAUAGCGUAAUGAGUCGUGAUCGAUACGUUGCAAUUCUUCGAUGUUUGCAUUUUGCCAGCAGCGAUGCCAAAAAAAUCGGAAAGCUUCAACCAGUUUUAGAUAAAAUAAUUGAAAAUUUCAAGUCCGCUUACACCCCUGAAAGGAAUAUAUCAAUAGAUGAAAGUUUAUUAUUGUGGAAAGGAAGACUUGGAUUUCGCCAAUACGUCCCUGCUAAACGAUCUCGAUAUGGAAUUAAACUCUAUAAAUUAUGCGAAUCUAAAUCAGGAUAUAUAUACAAUUUUAUUAUUUAUACGGGGAAGGAUACAGUGUUAAAGGAAACUUUAGGAUUAUAUGGGGAAAGAGUUGUGAAAUCUCUACUUGAAGAACUUUCUGGUCAAGGGUACCAUUUAUAUAUUGAUCGUUUUUUUAUGUCUCCAUCAUUAGCGGAUGAACUCUUCGGACUACAAACAAAUACUUGUGGGACUGUAAUGAGGAGAAGGAAAGGAAUGCCUGAAAAUUUUCCGCCGCCCAAAAUGAAAAUCGGUGAGAUGUUGGUUUUGCAGAAAAAGAACAUGAACUUAACUGCUUUCAAAGAUAGACGAGAAGUGCUAGUGAUAUCAACUAUGCAUGAUGCAAAAUUGCUUGAUACUGGUAAAAAAGAUCGCGCAACAUCUAAUCCCAUAAUGAAGCCAGAGUGUAUCGUAGAAUACAACAAAAAUAUGGGAGGGAUAGACUUAAGCGAUGCCGUCAUAAUUCAGUAUCCAUCUUUCAGGAAAACUGUUAAAUGGUAUAAGAAACUUUUCUUUAAUAUCAUGGAUAUGGCUGUACUUAAUGCCAAUAUUCUUUUCAACAAAAAAAGUAAGAACAAUCUUCCUCUCCUUAAUUAUCGCCUUAAUUUAGUUAAUCAAAUUAUUUCUCAGUAUUCCUCUAAAAUCCCCAAAGUUAAUGUCAUACCAAAAUCAGCAGAAUCAUUAAAUCCACUCCGAUUAACUGAAAGACAUUUCCCAAAACUUUGUUCAAAAGAAACGGGUGAGAAAGUGAGACGACGAUGCUUCGUUUGUUCACAUUCCCGGAAAAAUCCUCCAAAACGGCAAAUGAGUUAUUAUGAGUGCAAGGACUGUAACGUAGGACUGUGUGUAGAUCCCUGUUUUCAAAUUUUUCAUACGAAAAAAGAAUUUUAA